AUGUUAAAUAGUUCUGCCUUUACUCUUUGGGCCGAUGAUCCUCAAUAUGCCAACUGCAGCCAGGCUAUCAACUGUGGCGACAUCUCUAACAUCUCCUACCCCUUCUGGGGAGUGAAUCGACCUAAUUACUGUGGCCAACCCGGUUUCGAAAUCAAAUGCCAAGACAAUGUCCCAAUGAUCAACAUGAGAAAUAUCGACUUUAGAAUUCUUGAGAUGAACUCUAGUAGUACAGCUCGGGCUGUCAAAGUUGCUAGGAACGAUUACUGGGGAACCAUCUGCCCCCCUACUUACGUUAACACUAACAUCAACUUUUCUCUGUUCAAUUAUGGUUCUGGGCUUCAGAACACGUCUUUUACUACGGAUGUAAUACUUCUUCAAAUCCUACAAUGUAAACUCCCUUAUGAUCCAGUUGCAAUUGGGGCAUGCCAAAGUGAGGUUCUGAUUCCGGUUCUCGAAACCGCUGCUCUGGCUAUCGAAAGCAAUACAACAACGAUCCAAGAAGCCAUGGAUGGGGGUUUCGUACUGGGAUUGAAGAUUGAUAAUGGUCCAUGCAACAGUUGCGAAGCAUCAGGAGGGAAGUGUGGGAUGAACACUAGUAAUGGGGAGUUCAUGUGCUUUUGCCAAGAUCAGCCCUAUGCAGCAACCACAUGUAGUAGUAAAUCAGGUUCAACUUCACUAUCGCUUCCUUCUACUCUAUGUGCCAAUGAUUUUCACUAUGCCAAGUGCAACCAGGCCAUCAAGUGUGGCAACAUCUCAAACCUCUCCUACCCCUUUUGGGGAGUGAACCGGCCUAAUUACUGUGGCCAAUCCGGGUUCAAAGUCCAAUGUCACGACAACAUCCCAAUGAUCAACAUGAAGAAUUUCAACUACAGAAUUCUUGGAAUGAGCUCUAGCAGUACAGCUUGGACAGUUAGAGUUGCUAGGGAUGAUUACUGGGGAACUCUAUGUCCCUCAAGUUAUAUUAUCUCCGCAACCAUUGACUUCUCUCUAUAUAAUUAUGGUUAUGGGAUUCAAAACUUGUCUCUUUACUACGAGUGUAAUACUGUUUUAUCUCAAACUCUUUCUAGUAUGUCUCUAGUUUGCAGCAAUAACAUGACUGUGUUGUUUAGUACACCUGAAUCCAACCGUGAUCUAGGUAGUCUGGACCUCUGUAAAUAUGAGGUUUCGAUUCCAGUGCUUGAAACAGCUGCUCUGGCUCUGGAAAACAGAUCAACAACAGUCCAAGUUGCGAUAAACGGGGGUUUUGAAUUAGCCUUGCAGAUUGAUAAUGGUCCAUGCAUUAUUUGUGAAGCAUCAGGAGGGAAGUGUGGUGUUAACACUGAUAAUGGUCGAUUCAUGUGCUUUUGCCAAGAUCGGCCUUAUGCAGCAAGCACAUGCUCAAGUUCACUUCCUGGUUUUGUCACAGGUACGUCUGCAUUUCGGCGGACAAUGAUAAUUGCUAUCUGUGCAUUGUGCAUAUCAAGGAAAAGAAUGGUCUUCUUCAAGAAAUUCACAAUGAAUGAGUCUGAUAUUGAGGAAUUCAUAAGGAUUAAUGGAUCACUUGCCUCAAAGCGGUACAGUUAUUUAAAAGUGAAAAAGAUGACAAACACAUUCAAAGAUCAGAUAGGGAAAGGAGGAUAUGGCACUGUAUACAAAGGAAUCCUACCUGAUGGCCUUGUUGUGGCAGUGAAAAUGCUAAGCGGAUCAAAAGGUAACGGAGAGGACUUUAUAAAUGAAGUUGCUAGCAUUGGUAGAACUUCUCAUGUCAAUGUAGUCACUCUUUUGGGAUUCUGUUAUGAAAGGGAUAAAAGAGCUCUGAUUUAUAAAUACAUGCCUAAUGGAUCUCUAGACAACUUCAUACAUAAACAAGGAUCUGCUAAUGCAAAUUGCCGCUUGGAAUGGAAAGCAUUGUCUGAAAUUGCAGCUGGCAUAGCUCGGGGCCUAGAAUAUUUACACCGUGGUUGUAACACAAGAAUUUUACAUUUUGACAUAAAACCUCAGAACAUUCUUUUGGACAAAGAUUUUUGUCCAAAAAUCUCUGAUUUUGGCCUUGCCAAGCAAUGCAAUACAAAAGAGAGUAUUGUAUCGAUGAUGGGAACGAGAGGAACUGCAGGAUACAUUGCACCAGAAGUAUUUAGUCGAAACUUUGGAGGGGUAUCUCACAAAUCUGAUGUUUACAGCUAUGGGAUGUUGGUUCUUGAAAUGGUUGGAGCAAGAAAGAAUUUAGACUCCGGAGUAUCCCAUACUAGUGAAAUGUUUCCACAUUACAUUUAUAAAGAUCUAGAGCUUGAAAAUGAUGAAAGUAUUUUCGGGGCUAUAUCAGUGGAGGAAAACGAAAUUGCAAGAAAGAUGAUAUAUAUUAGUCUUUGGUGCAUUCAAACAUGUCCAUCUGAUCGGCCAUCAAUGAGCAAAGUGGUAGAGAUGCUAGAAGGUCCCCUCCAUUCCUUGCCGAUUCCACCGAAGCCUUACUUGUUUCCAGCUACAAGAUUUGCAGACGAAUCUACCACAUCUCAACCAUCUGAAACAGGCUAA